AUGUUGAAUCAUGGUAAAAGCACAUUAGCAGAUAGACUUUUAGAGAUCACAGGCACAAUAUCCCUACAUCAAUCACAUCAACAAGUAUUAGAUAAAUUAAAUGUGGAAAGAGAGAGGGGUAUCACCAUCAAAGCACAGACAUGUUCCAUGUUUUACAAAUAUAAAGGAAAAGAAUAUUUACUUAAUUUAAUUGAUACACCAGUGAUAUCUCGAUCACUUGCAGCAUGUCAAGGUUCAAUACUAUUAGUAGAUGCAUCUCAAGGAAUACAAGCUCAAACAGCUGCAAAUUUUUGGUUAGCAUUUAAUCAAGAUCUACCAAUAUUGCCAAUUGAUUUAGAUUCUGCAAAUACUAAAAGUGUUAUCAGCCAAAUAGAAAAUUCAUUUGGAUUGGAUACUACUGAUAUAUGUUUGAUUUCAGCAAAAUCAGGAAUCAAUGUUGAUAAGAUCUUACCUAAAGUAAUUGAGAAAAUUCCACAUCCUAGUGGGGAUAUAAAUAAACCAUUGAAAGCAUUCCUUUUUGAUUCUUGGUAUGAUACUUAUGUUGGUGUUGUCUGUUUAAUGGCAAUAGUUGAUGGAAAAUUACAAAAAGGAGAUAAAAUUGUUUCAGCUUAUUCAGAACUUAAAUAUGAAGUAUCUGAUAUUGGAAUCAUGUAUCCUGAACAAGUUCCUACUGGAUACUUACAUGCUGGUCAAGUGGGAUAUGUUAUUCUUAGUAUGAAGGUUGCAGCAGAAGCACAUAUAGGUGAUACAUUUUAUCAUUAUAAAUGUCCAGUUAAACCAUUACCUGGAAUAUUUCCAGUGGAUGCAAAUGAAUUUAACAAAUUAGAUGAAUCAAUAAAAAAAUUAACAUUAAAUGAUGCUAGUGUAUCAGUACAAAAGGAAACAAGUAUGGCAUUGGGUCAAGGUUGGAGAAUUGGAUUCUUAGGAACAUUACAUAUGGAUGAAUAUGAUGCCAGUGUUAUAGUGACACAACCAACUGUGCCUUAUAAAAUUAUUUAUCAUGAUGGAAAAUCAAAAUUUGUUCGUAAUCCAAGUGAAUUUCCUGAACCAGAUGAAAUGUCUUAUAAUGUUGUUGAAUUACAAGAACCCAUGGUUAUGGCAACUUUAAUUUUACCAAAUGAAUAUAUGGGUGUUAUAAUGGAUCUCUGUGGAGUAAAUGAACACAGAGUAAUGAUGAGAUAUACUUUACCACUUUCUGAGAUUGUUACAGAUUUUCAUGAUGAAUUGAAAUCAAGAUCAAGUGGUUAUGCAAGUUUUGAUUAUGAAGAUAUGGGAUAUAAAGCAUCUGAUGUUGUAAAAAUGAAUUUAUUAAUUAAUAAAAAACCUAUAGAUGCAUUAGCAGCUAUAUUACAUAGAUCUCAAGUACAAAUUGUUGGACGUGAUUGGGCCAAGAGAUUAAGCGAAGUUAUUCCAAAACAAUUAUAUGAAGUAGCAAUUCAAACUGCUAUUGGAGGAAAAAUAAUUGCCAGAGAGACAAUUGCUGCAUUAAGAAAAAAUGUUACCGCUAAAUGUGUAAGUACAUGA